AUGUUUUUUGUAAAAGGUGAGGGUUUUUUUUACCCACUUUUCAUAGAGCUGAGGAACUUGAUAAGAUAUCAAACAACAAGAGUCUCCAACUCAAGCAGAGACUUCAAUCUCUCACAACAACACUGCAGCUGUUUCAGGCCCAAAAGGAGACACGAAGCCCAUCUCUCAUUCAUCGGAACUCUGCAAUACUCAAAACAGAGAACCAUCACGCGAGCCGCUUCAGCUACCAUCGCUCGCCGCCAACUCUUGUUGUUGUUUGAUAUCACUUUCUCUUCUUCAAGCAGUUGCUACUACUUUCAGAAGAAAGCUGAGAAGAAGCUUAACAGACGGAGAAGAUUCGACACUAAGUACGAGGAUGCUGCUGAUCUGCUCGAGAAAGCACGUGAUUCCUAUAAGCUUGCCAAAUCAUGGGAUCAAGCUGGAAUAGCUUAUCUAAAACUUGCCGAUUGUCACUUAAAGGCAAAUUCUUUGGCAAACACAUAUAUGAUAAUGGACGAAUGUAUGGAUCAUGAAAUUGCUGAGUAUUAUGAAUCUGAUGAGAUGUUCGAGCAAGCUAUUGCUUACUAUGAAACGGCAGCUGAAUUCUUUCAAAUAGAAGAAGUGACCACCUCUGCAAACCAGUGCAAUCUAAAGGUUGCACAAUAUGCUUCCCAGCUAGAGCAGCAAUCCAGAUUUAUGAAGACACAGGCACGCCAUUCACUCAACAAUAAGUUGCUUAAGUAUGGAGUUAAAGGCCAUCUUCUCACUGCUGGCAUGUGCCACUUAUGCAAAGCUGAUGUUGUUUCCAUCACUAAUGCACUGGAGAAAUAUCAGGAUCUGGAUCCGACUUUUUCAGGAACACGGGAAUGCAAGUUCUUAGCGGACCUUGCUUCUGCUAUCGAUGAAGAAGACAUUGCAAAGUUCACAGACGUUUCCAAGGAAAUUGAUAGCGUGAGUCCACUGGUAUGGGCAGUAAACCACAUGCAACUAUUUGGAUGUAAACUCUGUCUGGUUCUUGAUCAUGACAACAAUGUUGUUGAGGGUAAAAGAGAAGUUCAAGGCCAGGGAGCUGGAGGAGGAUGCAAGCUUUACUUGAUUGAAGGAAAAUGUAUUCUUGAUUGGAACAAUGUAUAUACAAAAAGGAUUUAUAACUACACUAAUUUCUAG